UGAAUGAGAGAGAGAGUGAGAGAGAGAACACAGGCAGCGGGGAGAGAGGAAAGCAGGCGCCCCAUGAGCAGGGAGCCUGAUAUGGGGCUUCAAUGGGUGCAGACUUCCAGUUUGAGGGAAGAUGACCAAGUUCUAGAGACGGAAGUUGCUGAUGGCAGCACAACAACGCAAAUGUGCUUAAGGCCACUUAAUGAUACGCUCACCAGUGAUUAAAAUGCUGUAUUUUAUGUUGUGUUAUUUUAUCACCAAAAGAAGGAAAGAGCAAGCAAGACUCAGAUGCCCAGGUGAAAAGCAGAGGAAGGAGGUACGAGGUGUGGAAGAAGCUUCCCCUGAUACCACAGGACAGCCAGUCAGUUAUUUUGUGACUGCAUCUGUGCUCCUGGGGGCUUCCCACCUUCUCAAUAAAACAGAUUCUGCCUCCAAUUGGAGGUUUUUCCACUCAGCCUUUGUGGGCACGUCACAGUUUAUUCAUAGGAUACACAAGGAGUAGUGAAAUUCCUAGGUCAAGGGUAAUACACAUGCUCAAAAUUUUACAUGCAAGCUAGAGCUGAUUAACUGCAAUCAAGGGGCAGGUUUUGGGUGAUCCAUGGACUUCUGAAGUCGGGGACAGCAUCUGAUGUGUGUGGGAGCACACGUACAAUUUUCUAGGAGUAGGCUCUCAAAAUACCUCUCGGGCUCAGGGACACCGGAGAGUAGAGCAUGAACGCUCCCCCAGCACAGAAUCCCCAACACAGCAUCAGUAAAACAAGUGAGAGAGCUCUGCCAAAUUAAGCGACGUAAACUAACUUUUCAAUCCAACAAGUCCAUGUGCCUGGACCUUCCCUACAUACUUAUUUCACUCUUGUAAGAUCUUACCUUCCCUCGUCUGUUUCCUCCCUCUGCUGCCAGACUGCACCGUGAAACAGGAAUAGAAGGAUGCAGAGAGCCCCGCAUCUGCUGGAGAGGAGUAGAGUGAUCCAGACACCCCGAGGACAGUUUUGGAGGACGGUUGCAGGCUGGAUCGGCGACAUGAGAUAGCCUUGAUCCUGAACUCCAGAAGUGGACCUCGGUCUCGCAGUUGCACGUGUCUUCCUUCAAAAUGGCUGCCAGGCUGGAAUGGUGCAUGACAUCAGAGGCUUCUGACCUUCCUGAUUGGAAAGACUGGACUCCAUGGUUCUUGGCAACGGAGGUGGACAAGAGCAUCUUCGCAGAGCAUGUCCAUACUCCUAGCUUGGCCCCGGCUUAGAGAAGGGAUAACAGGGCUUGGGUUCACCCAGAAGCCAGAAGGGGAGUUUGAGAAGAGGAGGGUCUGAGUCUCCUGGGAGGGCACAAAGAGCUUGGGAGAAAUCAUGGCCAGUUGUCAACCGUCCGCCCAGUCUGAGGGCCAGAGCCCCCAGCCUAGCACAUCAGGGUACCCCCCGGAGGCCGUGGUAGAUGAAGAAAGCCCAGGACCAUCAGCCCCCUUUGUAGACCCCUGCCCCUUGCCUCAGUCCCGCGGAAGGAAGAGAGACAUCGAAUCCGAUGAGGAGACAGCCCCUGAGGCCAACGACAUCUGGGUGGUGGAGACACUGAGUGGCCUCAAGAUGAAGCUGAAGAGACAGCGGCUAUCUUCAGUGCUCCCUGAGCACCACGAGGCGUUCAACAGGCUGCUCGAGGAUCCUGUCAUUAAAAGAUUUCUGGCCUGGGACAAAGAUCUGAGAGUAUCCGACAAGUAUCUCUUGUCCAUGGUCAUCGCCUAUUUUAGCCGCGCUGGUCUCUUCUCCUGGCAGUACCAGCGAAUUCAUUUCUUCCUGGCACUCUACCUGGCCAAUGAUAUGGAAGAGGACAACCAGGCCCCCAAACAAGCCAUCUUUUCAUUCCUUUAUGGGAAGAACCGUUCCCAGCGUCCCUUGUUCCACAAACUGCGAUUGCAAUUCAUCCGAUCCAUGGGAUGGAGGACCAGGGUGUCCAGGGAAGAGUGCGAGGAGAUCCAGGCUUUCGAUCCAGAUCUGUGGGUGUGGGGGCGAGAUCGCACCCUCAUACCCUAGAGGGACCAUGGAGGCCCGAGGUCAUCGGCCUGAGGGGAGAUCCCUGAGCCCCGGGGAGACGCACGUUUUCGGUAGGAAGUCAGGAACACAGGAGUUUCUUUCACAGAUAAUCUAGAAGAACCCAGGACCUUCCAGAACGAGCUCAAUGGAGUUAUCGUGUUGUACUCCUAGGAGCUGGGAGUCCAUGGAGGAGUCCAUGGAGAGACAAAAAGAAACCAGGGUUUUUUCACGUCCAUCCCCUCCUGGGCCACCAUCAAAUAUUUCACAUUACUUAAUUUGAAUCUCUGCUGAGGUAGAGGUUGGAGGUCCCAUUUUUCAUGCACUGGGACAAAGGUGAGGAGGAAAUUACCUCAAAAAUAUAAAAUUAGAACCCAAAGGAUUGUGACAGCCAAACAUACGUCAGGAAUUUCAGUUGUUCAUUUUGAAAAUGUUGCCCUUAGAUUAUACUUGUUUCUCUAGUUUUUAUUUACGUAUUUAUUUUAAAUAGUUCUGAAACAGUCAUAGUUUCCAACACAUGCUGUUCCAACGUAGUUUUGUGAUGAGAUUUCAGCUGCUGCAUAACUAUAACUUUGUUUACAUAUUCUGGAUAGGUUUUGUUUUUAUUAUACUUAUAUAAUACAUCAGUUAUACUUAUAACCAGACGGGUUAGUUCCCUCAUGUUCUUCUAACUGUAAAUGUUUGUUUGAUAGUCUUCGUUAUUAAACUGUGAGAACCAGGUGUCAUUUUUUAACUUGCCUUGAUGACAUGUUUGUAUGUUAUUUUAGGUUAUUAAAGAGGACACUGAAAGGUGUCUCUCGGGGAAUCAUAAUAAAGAGAUGUCUUCUUCCCUUCAUGAUGUUUG